UAACAGCGAUCAUGGCGAUGCCGGGUCCAGUUGAUCCAUCAGUGCUUACGCUUCAGGUGACACACAGGAGCGUAGCUGCGUGGGAGGGCUCCACUGCCCAAUUGGUUACUCGUCAGCACUACCAGGCGAGUACAUUACAGUGGGAGGUGGAUGACAGGGUAUUAGAGGUAGUCGAACUAGCUGGUUUCAGAUACAUUCAUAGGUUGUUGGGCGGGGGUUUAGAGCUCGAUCGAGCUCUUAUCACUGCAUUGGUGGAGAGGUGGAGGCCGGAGACUCAUACCUUCCACCUCACAGUUGGCGAGGUAACGAUCACGUUGCAAGAUGUGGCAGUUAUAAUGGGACUGCCCAUCGAAGGUCAAGCAGUGAUAGGCCAUGGAGAGGGAAAUUGGCCAGCAUUAGUUCAUGAGCUACUAGGGGUUUGGCCUGAAAACCCCCAAGACCCCACACAGCCGAAGAUCAUCGUUGGAUCGUCAUUGAAGCUGACUUGGCUCCGAGAGCAUUUUAGCGCGCUGGAGGAUGACAUGAUGUGACGGUUGAUAGACAUGCGCGAGCUUACAUCUUGUACCUGUUUGGAUGCAUCUUGUUUCCAGACAAGAGCGGCGACUCGGUACAGUUUAUCUAUCUCCCUCUACUGGGAGACUUGGAGCGCGUAGAUGAGUACAGUUGGGGAAGUGCUACCCUAGUGUAUCUGUAUCAUAACUUAUGUCGAACAUCUUGUAAGGGUGCCAAGACAUUGGUGGCUGCUUGAUGUUGUUACAGAUAUGGUCAUGGGAGCACAUUCAUAUAGGGAGGCCCAUUAUUCGGACGAUUCGACCCGAUGGGCAACAUGAUCAGGAAGAUGACGCGGGUGAUUUUGAACCGGUUUUAGGGUCACAACAUCGGCGCGGGUUGGAUCCUUUAGCUGUAAGCUGGCUUCGCGUAUAUCUUUCGAGAUCCCACUCCCCACAUACUCUCGUCUACUACAGAGACGCACUUGAUCGACAAUGGGACGAGCAGAUGACAUGGCAGCCUUACACAGCGGCUAAGAUGGACGCUCUGCCGCACAUAUGUACAUCGGGCCACGAGAUUUGGAGAUCACGUUGUCCACUUAUUUGUUUUGACAUCGUCGAGCUACACCUCCCGGAUCGUGUUAUGCGUCAAUUCGGUUUGGAGCAGGUUAUUCCGCAUGCCUGUGACACCCAACCUCAACUACAUGCGAUCGAUCGAAGGACUGGGGACAAGAACUACGCCCUACGACAUAGAUCGCACGUAGAUGCAUGGAAUGACCGAACAUCUCGUUUGGUUCGAGGAGAUAACUUCCAUCGUCAUCCGGUACUAUGUCGCCAUUCGUUCCUCCAACUUCCAUCACCACUCCUCCUCCACAUCCAUCGCCUCCGCAAAGGAUCAUCACAUAUCAGCGUGCUAGUCAACGACGAGCUCCUGCCCUUAAUGUCAUUGCGGAGGUUGACGAGUUCACACCAUCAUCAUCCACCGGUGCGCAAAACAAAAGGGGCCGGGGGUUGUAGUUUGAAAAAUUUUGCAUAUUCUUAUAUGACUUGAACUUCUUGUAUGACUUUCCAUAAUUGUAAUAUAUCUUUGCAUUAUUUUCAAAAUUAAUUUUUUCAAAUCAAGUCGGUUCGUAAUUGAUUAUUAUGGAAUAGAUGGUAUUGAACUAGUUUAAUGCAUGUUGCGUUCACUAUUUUAAAAUGAAAGAAAAAAAAAUU